AUGCCUGCGAGUAGCAGCCCAUGCAAAUUGCAGCUGCUAGCUGUACGGAAAGUGUCCGGCGAAUUGCUGGCAGAGGUACCGACACAGGAGCUGAGCACAGUGAGGGCCUUGAAACAACGACUGGCUAGCCUUUGCGAUGCAGCACGCUUUCGCCAACGGCUGUUGCAUGAUGGCAGAGUACUGGAAGAUGAUAAGAGAUUGGACGGCCCUCUCGAGCUGCAGUUGGUUUUGCUGAACUUCAUCAAUCCUACACACGAGCAAGUGUCAGAGAUGGUAAGUGCAUCCCGGCGUGGUAGCGUGUCUGAGCUUGAGGAGAUACUGUCUCGACCACAGGAUCCCAACAACCGCUUUGUUGAGUUUCCUGAGGACUUCCGGCCACUGGGUGCGCUUUCGCCUCUGUCGCCUCUUCAGAUGGCAGCCAACUUUGGCGAGCUUGAUGCUAUGCGUCUCCUCCUCGAGGCUCGAGCAGACAUCGGGCCGGCCCACUGCAGAAUCACAAGUCUUAUUUAUUUGAGGCAACAUCGCAGCCUUGAUGCCAUGAAGCUGCUGCUUGAGGCCAGGGCGGAUGCAGGAAACGCACUGUCGACCGCAGCUGCGUUGGGCAAAGCGGGUGCAGUGCAAGUGUUGCUGGAGUCCGGAGUCGAGAAGGACUUGGAAGAUAAUCAUGGCGUGACGCCGCUUCUCGAAGCAUGCUGGUCUGGGCAUGCGCACGUUGUACAUUUGCUGUUGGCUGCAGGUGCGCAGCCAGCUGCAUGCAGCAAGAAGGGCAUAUGCUACCUUUCGGCAAGGCGGCGGCGUGGGCUUGCGCAGAUUCCGCAGAUGAGUAUUCAGCUGCCAGCAGAUCUAGUCAGCUGGUAUUUAAGGCGUUUGCGGAUUCCGCGGUUAUUUUCCGUCUCCAGAUGGUCACGGGCAAGGCACCGAGUUGCAACGCACCAGCUGGCAAAGCCGCGCUCAAAGUAG